AUGGAGCAAACAAUACCAGAAAAUCUUCAAACAUCAUUAGAAAAAAUAAUAAAUAAGGUGAAAGAUUCAAAAAUUUUAGAAGAAGCAAUAAGUGAUUUGAAAAACUUAUCGCAAAUAUCAGACAAUCAAGAUGUUAAAGAAUAUUUUCAAGAACUUGAUCAACAAUUUAAAAUUCAAGAACUUGAACAACAACUUAAAGAAUUUGAUGAAAUAGUUUUGAAAAUCAAAAAUUUUAAUAUGAUUAAUUUAUUAUUUGAUAUUCAGACUGAAAUUUUUUUAUUUAUUGAAAAAGUGAAUAGUCUUAAUUUAGAAAGCACUUUUUCAAAUGAAAUUGAUUGUUUAAUUUUUGAAAUUGACAAACAUUUUAAAUCUUGGCCUAAAUGGAAUGAUUGUUGUUCCGGGAUUAUUAACCAAUUUGAAAAUCUUAAUAAUUUUGUCAAUAAUAAUAUAAAAGAUAGUUUAUUUUUUUUUGAAAUUCAAGAAAACUUAUUAACUAAACUAUAUAAAGUAAGAGAAAAAUUAUGGAGCGAAUCAGAAAAGAUCAAUGAAUAUGAAAAGAAAAUGAAUAGAAUUCACUUUACAGAUUAUGAAAAAAAAAUACGUGAAAAAAAUGAAGAAAUAGACUCAAGCUUUCUUCUUAUAAUUGGAUUAAAAUUAGCAUAUGAUUUAUCUGUUGAAUUUGGAUAUGUAGCAAAGAGAUUAAAGCUUUUGGAUUCAAUUUCUAUUCAAAAAAUAUUAGGUUUUUUGAAGAAACUUAAUAAUGUAUUAAAACGAACUAAAGAUUCAGUAGAAGUUUUUAAAGAAAGUGAAUUAUGUUUAAAAGAUUGUUGUUUUGAUUAUGUUAUAGAAACUUUGUCACAAAUGAGCUGCUUAGUUAACAACUUUUGUACACAAAUUAUAGUUAAAAAGAUUGUAAAAAAUUGA